AUGGAGGCAUUUAAAAAUUUCGAUAUAAAUAAGAUCCAAUUUGGUUCAAAUACAGGAAAUGAUGUAUUUGACAUAACAGGAUUCCUAAAAUAUUUUAAUGAAAAUAAUAAUAAUAAUCAAGCUAAUCUGCAAAUUCACGGAAAUAAUAAUGUAGGUUUUAAACAUAUCACCGCCCCACACCAGAAUAUUGAUGUGAAUCAAAAUAUUAUAAAUCAAAAUGAUGUUGGUGGAAAUGAAAAUAUUUAUGUUGAAUAUGAUAAUGGCGGAGGUGCGAUAGCUGAUGACAGAAGUGCUGUUGUGAACCAAGUUAACCAGUUAAUUGCCGGUGUCUUCAAGUCCAAAUCUGUUAUCAAUACGAAUGCUAAUCUCAACUCUCAAAUACAGGAGUUUAUAAAUAUCUUAAUCAAUAACUUAAACCAAAAUCAGGGGUACAAUUCCGAGUUAAUUAUCACUUCAAACUAUGAUAUAAAAGCUAAACUAGAAGCUUUAAGACAAAUUCUAAUCGAAGCUACUGCCAACGGAAAUGGUAAUGUUACUGUUUACACAAAUGGAGUCCAAUUCGAUGUGCAAGCUGCUCUUGAAACAAUUUCAAAUGCUAUAGCAUCUGUAGAAGAGAAACUACGAGCUGAGGCCGAGGCCAAAACUCAGGAGCAAAAUAAUCAAGUUAAUCAACAGAACAAACAGAAGGCUCUUGUGAACCAAGUUAACCAGUUAAUUGCCAGUGCAUUCAACUCACAAACUGUUAUCAAUACGAAUGUUGAUCUCAACUCUAAAAUACAAGAGUUUAUAAAUAUUCUAAUCAACAACUUAAGCCAAAAUCAAGGGUACAAUUCCGAGCUAACUGUCACUACAUAUUUUGAUAUAAAAACUAAACUAGAAGCUUUAAGACAAAUUCUAAUCGAAGCUACUGCCAACGGAAAUGGUAAUUUUAUUAUUUACACUAAUGGAGUCCAAUUCAAUGUGCACGCUGCUCUUCAAGCAAUUACAAAUGCUAUGGCGUUUGUAGAAUCGAAAUUACAAGCUGAGGCUGAGGAGCAAACUAAUCAAGUGAAUCAACAGAACCAACAAAGGGCUAUUGUGAACCAAGUUAACCAGUUAAUUGCCAGUGCAUUCAAAUCACAAACUGUUAUCAAUACGAAUGUUGAUCUCAACUCUAAAAUACAAGAGUUUAUAAAUAUUCUAAUCAACAACUUAAGCCAAAAUCAAGGGUACAAUUCCGAGCUCACUGUCACUACAUAUUUUGAUAUAAAAACUAAACUAGAAGCUUUAAGACAAAUUCUAAUCGAAGCUACUGCCAACGGAAAUGGUAAUUUUGCUAUUUACACUAAUGGAGUCAAAUUCAAUGUGCACGCUGCUCUUGAAGCAAUUAUAAAUGCUAUGGCAUUUGUAGAAUCGAAAUUACGAGCUGAGGCUGAGGCUAAAGCUCAGGAGCAAACUAAUCAAGUGAAUCAACAGAACCAACAAAGGGCUGUUGUGAACCAAGUUAACCAGUUAAUUGCCAGUGCUUUCAAAUCACAAACUGUUAUCAAUACAAAUGUUGAUCUCAACUCUAAAAUACAAGAGUUUAUAAAUAUUCUAAUCAACAACUUAAGCCAAAAUCAAGGGUACAAUUCCCAGCUAACUGUCACUACAUACUUUGAUAUAAAAGCUAAACUAGAAGCUUUAAGACAAAUUCUAAUCGAAGCUGCUAACGGAAAUGGUAAUUUUGCUAUUUACACUAAUGGAGUCCAAUUCGAUGUGCGAGCUGCUCUGGAAGCAAUUGCAAAUGCUAUAGCAUUUGUAGAAGUGAAAUUAAGAGCUGAGCAAGUGAAUCAGCAGAACAAACAACAGGCAAAUAUCCAAAUCCAAAGUGGAAAACAAAGCCAUUCUAAAAAUUCAGCACACCAUACCUCCGUGUAUCAUGGUUCUAGUGGUGGGCAGAGUGUUUUCUAUGGAGGCGGUGGAUACAACUUUGGACAAUUUGGUCAAGGUGGAUUAGUGGGUGUGGAUGGUGGUACACUUGGGGUAAUUGGGCUCAACGGUGGAAGUAUAAUAGGUCUCGAUGGAAGUAACUCGAUAGGCAUGGGUGGCGGAGGCAUGAUCUCUGGAGGCUCGAUGGGUAUGGGCGGCGGAGGUGCGAUGGGUAUGGGGGGCGGAGGUGUGAUGGGCAUGGGCGGUGGAGGAGCGAUGGGCCUAGGCGGCGGUGGUGGGAUGGGUUUCAGUGCAGGAGGAGAGAUGGGUUUCAGCGCGGGAGGAGGGGUGGAUUUCGGCUCAGGACGAGCGAUGGGCAUGGGUGCAGGAGGUGCGAUGGGCAUGGGUGCAGGAAGAUCGGUGGGUAGGGGCUCACAUGGUUUAAGGGGCUUUAAUUUUGGUUCCAUGGGAUACGGCAGAAGAGGCCUGAUAGAAAAUCCACCAAGUGACAGAUAUAUAGAAGACUCCAACUAUCAAGAUCCUGCAGGGCAUUCCCUGAAUAGUCCAUUAUAA